GGGCGUGUUCAAAUCGAACGGGGGUUGACCGGGUACGGCAGUUGUUGCAUGCUGGGAAGUUGAGAGGACUUGAGCCGCUCACCAUCCGUCGACUCGAAUCGUCUGUCUGCGGUGUGAUCCCUAACUGAAAAUGGCUGAUCUCCAGGUUAACUUUGAAAAAGCAGCAGCUGAGGUGAAGCAGCUGAAGGCAAAGCCGAUGGAUGAAGAGAUGCUGAAGGUCUACUCCCUUUUUAAGCAGGCCAGUGUGGGUGAUGUCAACACAGAUCGCCCAGGGAUGUUUGAUUUCACUGGGAAAGCUAAGUGGGAUGCCUGGCAGCAGCAGAAAGAUCAGAUAGGAGCGGCUGUGGCUCUGGUAGAGUGGGUCGUCCACCAAUCGGAAGAUCAGCGGCAAGAGCAAAGAGGACGCCAUGAACGAGUACAUCAGCCUGGUGGAGGAGCUGAAGAACAAGUAUGGAAUUUAGUGUCAUACGAUAAACGCAUUACAGCUGGACCAACUGCUGGGGGAUGGACUGGGAGAAGUGGCUAAGACCACCACCAGCUGUCCUCCAUCGACACACCAUGAAAACGCCUUAAAUCCCAAGAAGGGUGUCCUUACACAUGUGAAUGCCUGGUGGUCCACCCUCUAGUGGUCCCAGUGGUCUGAAUAACCACUAAUGUAUGAUCAGAAACUGUCCAAUGUACCUGUAAUGUAAUGCAUCAUGUUUUAAUUAAUGAUUUCUAAUAGAGUGUAUCUGCACAGAAUCCUGUCAUUUCAACAUAAAAUCUUUUUUCUCAAA